GGGUAUUUGUCUCUCUCUCCAUUCUCUCCCUCCUGUGCACUGAAGAACCAUAGAGGAGAGCCCAAAGAGACGCGAAGAGCUCCCUUCUAGAAUCUAAAUUAGAAGCCGAAGAUACGAGAACCAGCCGCAACCCAGUUAUUGCUAUGCAAAGUCAACACCAUUGACGGAAUAUGGCUCUCCAGAAAUAUCCUCCAUCUGGUGAUGCACCCACUGUGAAUAUGAAACGUUUGACUUUUACCAGUAAGCUGCGUGAGAAGGGUCAGCUGGAGGUGGCAAGUCGGAAUCAUGCUGUGGAUGUGGACGUUGACCUUCGAGAAGUUUAUUUUCUCAUUAUGCAUUUUCUUUCUUCCGGGCCAUGUCAUAGAACUUGUGUUCAAUUAUGGAAUGAGCUUCUUGAGCAUCAACUCUUACCUAGAAGGUAUCAUGCUUGGUAUUCAAGGAGUGGGAUGCCUAGCGGAGAUGAAGAUGAUAAUGGUCUAUCAUUCCCUUUAAGUUACAAUCAGUUGGUGGACAGGUAUCCUCACAUUGAAAAGGAUCACUUGGUAAAGCUUUUGAAGCAAUUGAUAUCAAGGGCAACAUCCCCAUCAUUUGGCAUGAGUCGUGGAAGUGCUCCUAAUGCAGCUGAUGUACCUACCCUUCUUGGAACGGGUUCCUUUUCACUUCUGAGUGAUGAGAAGGACAAAACAAAUGAAGUCAAACGACAGCGACCUUACAUGCGCUGGCCUCAUAUGAAAGCCAAUCAGGUCCAAGGACUUCGUUUAAGGGAAAUUGGUGGUGGUUUCACUAGGCACCAUCGUGCACCAUCUAUACGUGCUGCGUGCUAUGCCAUUGCAAAACCUUCGACCAUGGUACAAAAGAUGCAAAAUAUAAAGAGGAUGAGAGGGCACCGUAAUGCUGUGUAUUGUGCUACAUUUGACCGGUCUGGGAGGUAUGUUAUUACGGGUUCAGAUGAUCGACUUGUGAAAAUUUGGUCAAUGGAAACUGCAUAUUGUUUGGCUAGUUGUCGUGGACAUGAUGGGGAUAUCACUGACUUAGCUGUCAGUUCAAACAAUGCCUUAGUUGCAUCCUCUUCAAAUGACUGUAUCAUACGAGUUUGGCGCUUGCCUGAUGGCCUACCAAUAUCAGUUUUGCGUGGUCAUACUGGAGCAGUUACUGCUAUAGCAUUUAGUCCUAGACCUAGUGCUGUGUACCAACUUUUAUCGUCAUCUGACGAUGGAACUUGUAGAAUUUGGGAUGCAAGGCAUUCCCAAUCAAAUCCGCGAAUAUAUGUCCCAAGGCCUUCUGAUUCUGUUAUUGGGAGGAGCAGUGGCCCAUCUUCAAGUAAUUUUCCACAGAGCCAUCAGAUUUUUUGUUGUGCAUUUAAUGCUAGUGGAACUGUCUUUGUCACUGGGAGUUCUGACAAUCUUGCCAGGGUAUGUAUGUAA